GAGGGGCCGCCCCGCCGCGGGGAGGAGCGCGGCCCGCAGCACUUAAGCGGCGCGGCCCCGCGGCUCCGCGGCCGGGCCGGCCAUGGAGGGGGCGCGGGAGUACGUGGGCUCGCUGGUGCGAUCUUUGGUAUCCAUGGGAGCAUCUGUGGGAACAGUAACAAAACAGACCCUGUUCCCUCCUCUCAUGCCUGCAGGGCGACCUUUCCGUGUGUCCAAUGCCUCCCGAAGCAGCCGGAAAGGAAUUGUUGCAAGCAGUCUGCAAGAGCUCAUCAGCAAGACUUUAGAUGCUUUCCUUAUAUCUGCUGGAAUAGUGACUCUAGUUUUGGAGGAAGAUGGCACGGUUGUGGACACAGAAGAGUUCUUCAAGUCCCUGGAUGAUAAUACACACUUCAUGGUUCUAGAAAAAGGACAGAAAUGGACACAAACAAGAAAUGGAGUUGCUGCUCUGAGACAGAAGAAGAAAAUGGGAGUAGCUAACAUCACAUUUGAUCUGUACAAGCUGAACCCUAAGGAUUUUAUUGGAUGCUUAAACAUCAAGGCAACUUUCUAUGAGAUCUACUCUGUCUCAUAUGACAUCAAAUGUAUGGGAGCAAAAAGUGUAUUGCGGAAGGUGCUUCAGCUAAUGUCCCAUGCAGCACAAAUAACUGGACAGUUUCUUCUCUAUACUGGAACAUAUAUGUUGCAGUUGAUGGGUGAAUAUGAUGAAGAUGGCACGUGUACAGGAUCAAGGCAGGAGUAGUGAGCACAGCUGCACUUCUGAUAUCGGAUCCUUUUGCUUAAAGACAUUUUCUUGCCCAGUUUUGAUUGUAAUGAUGUUAUAGUAGGGGGAUGUCCGCUGAUGUGAACUAACAUUUUUCCCAUUUGGGAAUGCUUGUAGGCCUUAGUCAUAAAACAAGUAUUUGGUGUUCACAGGCUCUUAACACAGCAAAAGGAUGGGUGGCUAAUGUCAGAGUUUGGCAAAAGAAGGGAGGGCAGAUUUUUUGCCCCAGCAACUCAAAAUGUAGUAUCCUAUAUACUCAAAAUAAGUAUACUUGGAAACUUACACACUUCAUAAACAGUGGAAUAUUUCUUGCACUGAUCAAAACAUAGUUUGGUUGGUUUUUUUCAUGGCUGUCUACUUGCCUUCUGAACAGACUGGGCUGUAAGGUGGGGGGCGGGAGGGAGGGCUCCUUUUGGGUUUUAAUCCUUAACAGUGCUGGUAUUAUUACCCAACUGGCAUUGAGGUACAAAAGGGUAAAGUGGACUUAUUUACUCCUGCUAAAAAUGGAACUGCAUGAUAUACAACUGAAUCCUGGUUCAGUGACUGGCUACACUCAUGAAGUCUAAUUGGAAAAAGUACAACUACUAAGCAGAACCUUAAGAUUUAGCCUUACUUCCCUUCAAACAAGUAAAACCAUUUAAUUAUAACUCUUGAUAUUUUUCUUCAAAUCUACAGAAAAUUCAGGUUAGUGUAGUUCAAACUAGUUGAAGAACCUGAUAUAUUUCUUUAAUGGGUCUGAUGUCUAGUUCUACCUGAAGUAUUGAAUCAUUUGCCAUAGUUUUAUGAAUAUGGCUUACAAGUAACCUGCUGAAGCUUCCUUUGGGGGUUAAACCAUCGCUUCUGUAGUUUUUAUUGUUCAGUUACAAGAUGACACUACAUCCCAAGUUGUGCUUGAGGUACAUGUAAGAAAUGCUGGAUUUUGAUGCCCCUGUGUUCAGGAGAGAGGAGCAGGACAUUGUCUAGUCUUGUGUAACGUACAUAUGCUCUAAACUGGAUAUUUGCUGGUUUACAGUUUCCCAAAACAAGCUGUAUUAAAGGGCAAAGUUUUUAAUCCUUAGGUAGAAUUGUCCAUAAUGUUUUCCACACUUCAGUGAACUGCUAGUAUGACCAGCUUCCAGCAAGCUUUUUCUCAACAGCAUAGAAAACUGGAAAAGGAGCAGUGUUAGGCAUCUUGUGUCAAAAUACAAAAUCCCAUUGCUGGAGGGAAAAAGCCCAGCUUUGUUUGAUCAUAGAUGUGGCUUUUGAGGUUUUCAUUUGCUUACUCAUGAAGUUAUAUUCUUGGUUAAGAUUGAAAGCUGUUAAGGAGACAGCAGAUACUGGUAGAUGCAUCUAACCUGACAGCAGGUGCCAGCUAGGAAGAGAAGCUCUGGUGACAGAAUGAAAAAGUGGGGCAGGGGAAGAAAGCAGUGGAAGCAAAAGGGAAGAGACCAGUGUGACCCCCACAGUGCUUGCCAUGCAUCUCCUGAGACAGGAAUCCAUUAACUAUGUGCAUCAACUGCUCUGAUCAGUUGGAGGAAAAUUUAAUCUGCUAGAAGAGGAUCAGGUGGACUGAAAAGACCAAGCAUUUUGGUUGGUGGGACCUAUUCUGACCUGUCAGCUGGGUCUGUUCACUUCACAUGUCACUAAUAUGUGGGAAAUUGCUUACACUUUUAUCUGCAAAUUUCACCUUCACGUCCAUAUUUUUACCUUCACUUUAUGGAAGUGAUUUAUCCAGCUGGAGCUGCACCUUUCAAAUCACUGUUGUCAUGAAAAGCAGCCUAAAUCUAGGUGUUAAAUGGACUGAUGGAUACAAGUUCAGUAGAUCUUCACCUGCCUCUUCAGUAAUGGUAUUACAAAUAAGUAGAUAGCUAAGAAAAACCUUGGGUUUUUUUCCCAAUUUCUACUGAGUGUUUGCUGGAGGAGGGGGUAGGGCACACUGUUCCAGGCAAGGGGAGGGCUGGUUCUUUCCUAAUUUCUCACAGGGAAGAAUGCCUGUAGGUCAGGUUUCCUUCAGAAUAAAACAAUAAACUACUCUGUGAGUAAUGAGAAAGAACUUAUAUUAAAAUGGAAGUUUUAUACUUCAUCCGUAGCAUUUUUGACACCACCCAUCCCCCCCACAAUGAUUGUUGCCAUGGUAACUGUUGGCCAAUGUCCUUCUAUCCCUAUCAAGGAAUUGCAUUUAACUGAUGCAGUGCAAAGACUUUAUCAUUAAUUCUUUCAGCUUUUAAGGAACAUUUAUUCUAUUAAAGCAAGCACAUCUCUUGAAAACAAACUCUGUGUAAUAUUCCUAAAAGUGUUUAUGUUGCUAAUAGUGAGAGCACCAACAGUGUAAGAAAAAAAAAAAAAAACAAAACAAAACCAAACCAAACCAAACCAACAACUUUCAUAGUUCAAUAUUGCUUUGUGUGAAUUGCAUCUUCAACAUCUGUAAUAAACGCUUUUGCAAGUCUCAAUCCUGCAGAUCUCAAAUUCCAGCCUUCUAUAGCCAAAGGCAAUUGUUAUAGAACUAACACUCUAUAGUUCCGAUGGCACUGAGAACCUACUGUGCUUCAAAAUGAUCAGGAUGAAUUUGCAGUGUUUUUAAGCAGCUGCUACUUUGACAGCUUAAAAUUUGAGCUGCUGAAGGUCAUGUGGGGUGCAAAGUCUCCAUCUCAGAGCAUGUCCAUGUAAUUCAAAAUGCAAAGUAACUAAUAUUUGAUAUUUUCUCAAAAUGGAAGAACUGUCUUGGAAGUUGUGUCUGAAAUUGUUUCACUGCUUCUGAAUCUGGAUUUUGCCACAGGCUUAGUAUUUGGGAGAUGAUAUUUGCUACUGUACCAACUUAUUUCCAGAGAUUUGUUUUGGCUUUAUGUCAAACUGGAGGAUUUUGUCAUUCUCCAAGUUGAAACCAGUUUGAUUUUUUAAAUUUUUUUUUUUUACAGACUGCUUAGGAGGCAUAGCUUUUAUUUCAGCUGUAUGUGUUAUACAACAAAGAACAACUUCAGCAUUAUCUGCCUUUCAGAAAAUUUCAUACACAAGUGGUGUAUAGUACCUAGUAAGAGAAAAACUAAAAGCACAGGCUCUUAACUGCAGGUAUUUAGAGAAGCAGCUAGCUUUUCUACUUGACAUUUUUAGCUUUAAUUUUCUUUCCAUAAACUCAGUUAAUCUGCAGUUGUUACUGUUGCAGUCAAGGCUGGUAUCAGUGUUGUGUCCAAGGUGUGAAACUUGUUUACUGCCUUCUUGCUUGCACUGGCCGUUUUUGCCUGUUGCUUUGCAUCACUUGCUAACAAUGUAGCAAGUCAUACUCUCUAGUUACCAAAAAAGGAAUUUUUUUGGAAGUACUCGAUCUUGUUGACUCAGGCACUGUUCAUGUUCUGCAGGCAAAACAAAGUUGCUCUCUUCAUGACUAGAAUGAAAAAUCUAGUCUCUCCUUUGUGUGUAUAAUUUAUCAUUACUCCAUUUCCUUCCUUUCAUAAACCCAUGAAGUUGUUGCUUUCUUACACCUUCCUAUUAUUUCAGGAAAAAAGGAUUACAAGAUCAUCUGUCCAGCGGAAGAGAAAAAGACAGAGUCUAAAUUCCUUAGACCAUUUGGAAUAUGCUCUAGGAAAUAUCCUGAAUCCCUUCCCUACAAAGAAGGGAAGGGAGGGGUAAAGAAAGGAAAACAGGAAUUUGAGCUAGAAGAUUUUCAGAUUUACAGUGAGUAGAGACAUAGGUGUUAACAAUUUAGGAAAUGUUGGUAAUUCUGAAUAGUAACUGUGAAGUUAACUACAUAUGAUCAUUUGUAACUGACUAGAAUAAGAACUCAAAAUCAUUUCAUCAUGCUUCCUUCUGAGAUAGCACUUGAGCUAAAGGCACAAGCUUCUUUAAUUAAAAACAAAAAAAGUUUAAAGACAAAGUAUAUUUUUGACUUGGUGCCUCAAGUUUUACUGGAUGUGUUAAUGUGAUUAACAUAACAUUUCAUUUAUGUAUUAGUAAGUAUCCUUGUGGAGUUUCAAGUUUCUCACUGCUUUCUCUACCUUGCCUUGUCGUAUAUGCAGUUAAGAAAUUUAUAAACAUGAGGAUUGUUAUUUUGCUAAGGGAAGAGGUAGCAUUUUACCACUUCACAAUUUUCAAGCUUGGUAGUUUAACUUGCUGUGAAAAUUGAGAUGGAUGAGAAUUGUGCGUCGGUGAUGGCAGUUUUUUCUGAUGUGUGGUGCCAAUUAUAAGGAACACUGUCCAUGAAUAAAUAAAACCAAAUAGUGGC